AUGCUGCGCUGCAUGCCCCCGCUGUGGCGCUGCAACCGGCAGGUGGAGACGCUGGACCGGCGCCACCGCUCGCUGCAGGCCGUGCCCGACGACGUCUACCGCUACAGCCGCUCCCUCGAGGAGCUUCUGCUCGACGCCAACCAGCUCCGUGAGCUGCCCAAGCCUUUCUUCCGACUGCUGAACCUGCGCAAGCUGGGCUUGAGCGACAAUGAGAUCCAGCGCCUCCCACCUGAAGUGGCCAACUUCAUGCAGCUCGUGGAGCUGGACAUCUCCCGCAAUGACAUUCCAGAGAUUCCAGAGAGCAUCAAAUUCUGCAAGUCCUUGGAGAUUGCGGACUUCAGCGGGAAUCCUUUGUCCAGGCUUCCCGAGGGCUUCACCCAGCUGCGCAGCUUGGGCCACCUGGCCUUGAACGACGUCUCCUUGCAGAGUCUGCCCAGCGACAUUGGCAACUUGGCCAACCUGGUGACUUUGGAGCUCCGUGAAAACCUGCUGAAGUCUCUCCCAGCUUCGCUCUCAUUCCUGGUCAAACUGGAGCAGUUGGACCUUGGCGGCAACGACCUGGAAGUGCUGCCGGAUACACUAGGUGCCUUGCCGAAUCUGCGGGAGCUGUGGCUGGACAGGAACCAGCUUUCAGCGUUGCCCCCUGAGCUGGGCAAUUUGCGCCGCCUCGUCUGCCUGGACGUCUCCGAGAACAAACUGGAGCAGCUGCCUGGCGAGAUCAGUGGGCUGGUGGCCCUGACAGACCUGCUGCUCUCUCAGAACCUGCUGGAAUCCAUUCCUGAUGGUGUUGGCCAGCUGAAGCAGCUCUCCAUCCUGAAGGUGGAUCAGAACCGGUUAGUGGAAGUGACGGAAGCAAUUGGGGACUGCACCAACCUGUCGGAGCUCAUCCUCACUGAGAACCUGCUGCCGGCCCUUCCCAAAGCACUGGGAAAACUCACAAAGCUGACAAAUCUUAAUGUGGACCGGAAUCGCUUGGUGGCCCUUCCUGCUGAGAUUGGGGGCUGUAGCAGCUUGAAUGUUCUCUCUCUUCGGGACAACCGUCUGGAGUUCCUGCCCCCUGAGCUUGCCAGCACUACUGAAUUGCAUGUACUGGAUGUAGCAGGCAACCGGCUGCAGCACUUGCCCUUUGCCCUCACCAGUCUGAACUUGAAGGCCCUCUGGCUGGCCGAGAACCAGUCGCAGCCCAUGCUGAAGUUCCAGACGGAAGACGACGAGAAGACUGGCGAGAAGGUGCUCACCUGCUACCUCCUCCCCCAGCAGCCCUCCCCCAGCCUAGAGAACCUUCUGCACAACAGUGUUGACGAGAGCUGGACAGACACCAACCUCAACCGGGUCAGUGUGAUCCAGUUUGUGGAUGAGCCCCGGACAGAUGACGAUGAGGAGGAGCCCGAGAAGCGGGGUCUGCGCCGCAGGGCAACUCCCCACCCGAGCGAGCUGAAGUCCAUGAAGAAGGUCAUCGAAGGACGACGCGGCGAGGCGUCUGCUGCCAGGCUGAGCGUGGAGCCGGACUCGCUGCCCCCCGAGGAGAAGAGGCUGAGUGCCACGUCCAACCGCAGCGAGGACUCGCAUGUCUCCAGCAGCACCGUCUCUGCCAGCGGCCAGGAGGAGGAGGAGGCAGCGGCCCCGGCGGGGCAAGUGCCCGAGGCACCGAGGCCUGGCGAGGCAGCGAGGGCCAGUCCAGAGGAAGGCGUGAGGGCGGAGGAGGUGGAGCAGGCGCGGCGGGAGGCUGCUGCAGCAGAAGACGGCACGGCAGGCCAGGAGGAUGAGCUGGAGCUGGGGUACAGUGAGCCGACGGUGCACUUUGCCGAAGACACGCUGGUCCGCGGCGAGGAUGACGAGGAGGAAGAGGGCCCAUUCCCGGUGGGAAAGCAGCGGCUGAUCCGGAAGGAUACUCCCCACUACAAGAAGCACUUCAGGAUUGCCCAGCUGCCCCGGCCAGAGGCCGUGGUGGCCCUGCUGCAGGGCUUGAGCUCUGAGGAGGGUGUCCACGAGGCAGCGGAGCCGGUGGCGCCGGAAGAGGAGGAGGCGGCAGAGCAGGCCGGCUGGGCUGAAGAGGAGGCCAGGAACGGGCUGCCGGGUGGCCCGCCCUCUGUCAAGGGGGUGUCGUUUGAUCAAGCCAAUAAUCUGCUGAUUGAGCCUGCCCGCAUUGAGGAGGAAGAGCUGACCCUGGUCAUUGUGCGGCAGACGGGGGGCCUGGGCAUCAGCAUCGCGGGGGGCAAGGGCUCCACACCCUACAAGGGAGAUGACGAGGGCAUCUUCAUUUCCCGUGUGUCCGAGGAGGGCCCGGCAGCCCAUGCGGGGGUGCGGGUGGGGGACAAGCUCCUGGAGGUGAACGGCGUGCGGCUGCACCACGCGGAGCACCACGCGGCCGUGGAGGCCCUGCGGGGCUCGGGCAGCAGCGUCUCCAUGACGGUCCUGCGCGAGCGGAUGGUGGAGCCGGAGAACGCCAUCACGGUGACGCCGCUGCGGCCCGAGGACGACUACAGCCCGCGGGAGCGCCGGGAGGGCCUGCAGUUCCCGGAGGGGCCUGAGGGAGCGGCCCCGGCGGCCAGGCGGCUCUCCGCCUGCCUGAUGCGGAACGAGCGGGGCCUGGGCUUCAGCAUCGCAGGCGGCAAGGGCUCCACGCCCUACCGGCCUGGGGACACGGGAAUCUUUAUCUCCCGGAUUGCGGAGGGGGGUGCCGCGCAUCGGGACGGCACUCUGCGUGUGGGCGACAGGGUCAUCUGGAUCAAUGGGGUAGACAUGACGGAAGCCAGGCAUGACCAGGCCGUAGCGCUGCUUACCGCUGCCUCCCCCACCAUCUCGCUGCUGGUCGAGAGAGAGGCUGCCUCCCAGCCCGGCGAGGGAGACCUGCCCCCAGGGCAGCGAGGGGGGCGGGUGCACUCCCCCCCACCGCCGAGUCUCCGGGAGAGCCCACACGAGGAGAUGCCCCUGCCUCCCAGGAGCCCCCUGCCCCCGAGACUGGAGGGCCAGUACCCCGUUGAGGAGGUGUGUCUGGUCAAGGCGGGGGGCCCCCUCGGGCUCAGCAUUGUGGGGGGCAGCGACCACUCGAGCCACCCGUUCGGGAUCCAUGAGCCUGGGGUCUUCAUUUCCAAGGUGAUCUCCCAGGGGCUAGCCUCACGCAGCGGGCUGCGUGUCGGGGACCGUAUCCUGGAGGUGAACGGCACGGACCUGCGCCAUGCAACGCACCAGGAGGCGGUCAGCGCCCUGCUGUCCAACACCCAGGAACUGAGGAUGGUGGUCAGGCGAGACCCUCCCCCCCCCGGGAUGCAGGAGAUCUGCAUCGAGAAGAGGCCGGGAGAAAAGCUGGGCAUCAGCAUCCGCGGCGGUGCCAAGGGCCAUGCCGGGAACCCCUUCGACCCCACAGAUGAGGGCAUCUUCAUCUCCAAGGUGAGCUCCACGGGGGCUGCAGCCCGGGACGGUCGGCUGAAGGUAGGGCUGCGCAUCCUGGAGGUGAAUCACCAGAGCCUUCUGGGCAUGACGCACACAGAAGCAGUCCAGAUCCUGCGCGCCGUGGGAGAUACGCUCCUCAUGCUGGUUUGCGAUGGGUUUGACCCCAAGGCCGUGGUUGCCAUGGAGGUGUCCCCAGGGAUCAUCGCAAACCCCUUUGCAGCUGGCAUUGGGCGCAAGAACAGCCUGGAGAGCCUUUCCUCCAUUGACCGGGACUUUAGUCCAGAGGAGCUGGAUAUUCUUCAGAAGGAGAUGGAGAUGGUGAGGGAGACGACCCAGUGGGAGAGGGAAGAGAUGGAGAAAGUGGAGCGGAUGCGCAGGGAGCGGGAGACGGCCGCGCAGCUGCUGGCCGAGGAGGCCGAGGACCUCGGCGCUGAGCCCCUGCAGCUGGACUACCGGACCCUGGCAGCCCUUCCCAGUACCGGCCUCCAGAAAGCCACCCGCGGCUAUUUGCACACCUUUCGGGUGCCCCCAGAAACAGUUAGAGAGCACAAAGCUAAGAGCCCAAGCAUACCAGUUCAGCCAUCCUGGGACUGAAACCAGACCAGAGCAGAAACUUCUGUUCUGUAUUAAAAGCCUCUGACAUUCAAGCAAAACAAGCGUGUUCACU